AUGCAGAUAGAAUAUCCACUUACCUCUCAGGUUUCUAUCCCUAACUCUUUUUCUUUUGAUAUAGAAGCAGAAAUAGAGAAACCAAACUAAAAUUAUUUUGAGAAAAACUGGCUUGAAAUUGAAUAGUUUUUGAAAAGUAUUUAUGAAUCAGAGGACAUUAAUUGUUAUUGCUUUUAACACUUUUAUGAUAUGAUUUCUAGCAUUUGCGACAAUGAAUUUGAUGAGUUGCUUUAUAAGAAACUAGAAGAAUUUUACCGCCUAAAAUUUAAUGUCAUCCUUAAUGAUAUAGCUUUAUAGCCUGAAGAUUUUAUUAAUAAGAUAGAAAAGGAAUGGAUAAAGAUUAACAGAUGUCUAAUUAUUUUGAGCGAAAUCUUUAAGCAAUUUGAAGGCUCAUAUUUAUACAAAACAAAAACUCCAAGCUUUGAUAAUUUCAUUCUUAAAAUACUGUCUGAUUAAUUUAAUUAGGAAUUUAAUUCAUUAUUAGACGCAAUAAUAACUUCUCUUCUUGACACAUUCAGAAAUAUUAGAGACUAAAAUCCUUACAAUCACGAAUAACUUAAACACUUAAUGGGAAUGAUUAUUAAAAUAGGCUCCUAUGAAAAUUAAUUUAAGUCUCACUUUUUUGAGCAAUCAAAUAAAUAUUAUUUAGAUUUACAGUAGAAGCAUCGUGCUAACUUUGACUUAAGAGUCUACUUACAAGAAAUAGAACACAGACUCUAACAAGAAACUGGCUUAAUUGAAGCAUAUCUAUCAAAAGCUACUGGAAAAAUUCUUAUUGAUUUAAUCCAAAAGCACUUGAUAGCAGAAAAUUUAGAAACAAUAUUUUCAAAUGGAUUUGAUGAUCUUUUAAAUUAAAGAGACUACCAAAACCUGUAGAGACUUUUCCAUAAUAUGAGAAACAUAGAUAAAUUAGAUUUCCUCAAGAAAAAUUGGAAUUAGUACAUCAGGAGGAAAGGUGAAGAAAUAGUUAAUGAAGAAAAUUAAGAUGACAUUACUCAGCAUCUUCUCGACUUCUUCCAUGAUCUAGAUAUAAUCAUAUAAAAAUGCUUUGAAAACACUAACUUGCUUAAAUAAGCCAAGAAUUAUGCUUUAGAGCAUGUUCUUUCUAUUAAAGUCAAUACAAUAGCUGAAUUAACAUCCAAGCAUAUCGAUACUAAACUCAAAAAAUAAAAUAAGACCAUGCAAGAUCACGAUUAAAUUGAAAAAGAUGUAGAUGAUGCCUUAGAAUUAUUUAGAUAUCUUCCUGCAAAAGAUAUUUUCGAAGCUUUUUACAAUAAAAGACUUGCUCGUAGAUUGCUGAUGAACUUAGCUUAUUCUUACGAAUUAGAAAGAAAGGUUUUAGAUCGUUUAAGAUCAGAAUGUGGUGAUUAAUACACGAUGAAAGCAGAUGAAAUAUUGAAGGAUGUAAACGAGUCUAAAUAGCUAAACAAAGAUUUUAAUGAUUAUUUAAGCAGCUAAGGAUUAGAUUACAAUAAAAAGAACAUAUUUUCUUGCAUUGUAGUUUCAUCUUCUGCAUGGCCCAUGAAGAAUUAAUAACUUCCAAUUCUGUUUGAACCUUUUGAUAAGUUUUAAAAAGAAUUCAAGAAGUUUUAUGAACUUAAACAUAAGGGUGUAUGUAUAAACUGGUAACACGAAACUAGUACUUGCGAUAUUUAGGGAAAUUACAAUAAGGAAAAAUACAUAUUCUAAGUUUAACUCAUUUAAGGAUUAAUUCUUCUCUGCUUCAACUUAAAAAAUAAACUUUCUUACACAGAAAUACAUAAUCUAGUUUAAAUUGACGAGGAAGAAUUAAAGAAAAAUUUGGUCUCUCUUUAUGCGAUGAAAGAUACUUAAAAAUUGCUAAACAAGUCAGGAGAGGCUAAGAGAGUGGACGAAACUGAUGUAUUUGAGGUCAAUGAAGCCUACUAAAGCAAGAAAAAGCUCAUUAAAGUUAACUCAAUCUUCAAAAAAGAAACUAAAGAAGAUGUUAAAGAAACAACAGACAGAGUUCUUACUGAGAGAGGCUUCGUCUUAGAUGCCAGCAUAGUUAAGAUUCUCAAGAGUAAGAAAAAUAUUUAUCACUAAGAACUUAUGAAAGAAUUGUUUAAUGAUCUUAUGCUUCCUAUUAAUGCUAGCGAAGUAAAGAAAAGAAUAGAAGGAUUAAUAGAUAGAGAAUAUAUGAAAAGAGAUCCUGAAAAUCACUCUUUAUAUCAUUAUGUGGCUUGA